CUUUCUUUUCUUCAUAAAUUCAUUCAUAGUCCUCUAAACUCCAUUUCUUAACAACAACAAACAUGAAAUUCGAUCUUGAGUAUCCAUUGAACGAGAAAAACGACGCCGUUUCAGUUCUUUUCGACGUCGAGUCUGAUCAUAUGCCGUCCUUGUUUUCAUUCAAAUCUACUGAUGUUCGCUUCUCCAUUCGACAUUACUCCUUCACUCUCAUUUCUCAAGCACAGUUUUCUUCCAAUAUCGAUCGAUUUACUGCAUACUUAGCUGUUAAUUACAUCGAUCGUUUCCUCUCCAAACAAGUUGUUCUGGAGAAUAAGCCAUGGAUUGUACGUAUUCUCGUCAUGGCUAGCCUUUCACUAGCAGCGAAGAUGAGGAAAAUCAAUUUAUCGCUCUCUCAUAUCAUAAAUCCAAUAUCCGAUUCAAACAGAGACGAAGACGAAGGUUUAAUUUUCGAUUUGCAGUCUGUUAAUCGAAUGGAAAGUUUGUUACUCACAACGCUCAACUGGCGGUUACGGUCCAUUACGCCUUUUGCGUUUCUUCAAUUUUUCAACUUGUUGUUCGAACUCAGUGACGCGUCACUGAGUCAAUCACUCGAAGAUCGAGCUUCAGAUAUCAUCUUCAGCUCUCAUUACGAAAUUAAGCUUCUUGAGUACAAACCAUCUACAUUAGCGGCAUCGGCGUUUCUAUGUGCAGCUCAUGAGUUGAUUCCGCAUCAAGUUUCUUUUUUCUUAGAUGCAAUUAAAUCUAAAUGCCAACACAUAUAUAAAGAGGAGCUUUUGAAUUGUUGGACUGUAAUCCGGGAAAUUACAGUCAAUGAAGUGUCUUCUAGCUCGUUGACACCGAACAGUGUGCUUGAUCACCAAGAACGUAGAAGUCCUCAAAGUGAGAUUAAUCCAAAUACAAACAACAGUAGUAAGAGGCGAAGAUUGAAUGAUUUGAAUGAUUUUCGCAAUGAUCAAACGUUCCAUAUCUCUCAGGUUCAACACUGCUAG